AUCACUAACUUCCUGUAAAAUGAUUGAAUUUUCUCGGAAGAAAAAAUCCAAAAUAUUUGGGGUUUUAUUACAUAGGGGAACACUAUGACUUCCUCAAUAGACGCCCCUAUAUUAAUUGAUUCAGACAAUGAUGAUAGUGAUGUUGAGAUUCUGCGUGAAGAGAGAAAUGAAGACCUAGACAUUAUAUUUGUCUCAGAAACAAUUCAUGUAAAGGAAGAAGAGAAACCCUCUGCAGAGAAUAUUAAGUCCGAAAGUAAACCAUGUGACACAAAUUUUAAUCGCAGCCUGAGUAUUUCAUCAAAUUUAGAUUUGACCUUACGUUUAACUGACAAUCCAACACCACCUUCAGUUGAUCAGACACAAUGUUCAAACAGAAAUUCUUCAAUGCCAACCAUUGACCAAGCUCCACUGGAUUUAUCAUCGAAAGCAAAAUAUGAUGACAUUACUGACAGUUCAGAAGAAGGAUCCUCUGAAGAGGAUUACGAUGACGACGAUGGUGAUGAUGACGAAGAUGAUUGUAGCAAUGACCCAUUCACUGUAAAAGGACCAGACAAUGGUGGAAAUAUACUGUCAAUGCCGAGACUAUAUAAUUCUGACCAAUCGCAACCAUCAAACUGUUGCCCUAAACCACAGUCUUUCAAUAUAUCGGAUAUUUUAUCUACUGGAAAUUCUACACAGGGAAGAAAAAAACAGCCUAGUCAGAUAAGAAUUUUAAAAUCUUAUGACCAAACAUUACAACCAAUAGAUUCAAUGUCAAAUUACCAGAUCAAACAAGACUGCACUCAGUCAGUAUAUGGUUCUAUGAACAGUGCAGGCCCACAACAAACUCAGCAUCAAAAUAAUGCUUGCAUUCAAUCAACACAAUCUAUGACCCAACAAACAAUAUGCAAUAGUGUGCAUUAUCAGCAAACAUUGACUAUGAAAGAUUCACAUGAUAAAAUGCAAAGUCAACAAGGAAUGUGUAACACGUCAGACCAUGCAACUCAAUCAAAUCUUUCAACAUCAGGGACAAAUUCCGUUUCUUGUAAUCCAUCGUUUUCAUCCUCACCCAACAAAACAGUGACUGAUAUUUGUGAUGAAUUACUUCAGGAUCUUGAUUUUCUUAAUAGUUCAAACAAUUCUUUGUCAUCACAUUCAAAAUUGUGUAAAACUACAUCAUCUGCGGACCAAGAAUUAAAGUCAUCACCUCCAGCUGUCGGAAUCAAACGGACAUUAUCUGAACAAAAUCUCAAAUCAAAAUCUGAUGAUAAAAUACUGCCUCCAAAGAAACAAACAAGAUAUCUUUAUCACCAGAGUAGUGAAGAGACACAAUCAUCAUCCUGGGGAAGUGAGAAAUGCAGUCAGUGUCAGAUGUCUCUGCUCGGUCUUAAACUGUCACGUUGUCUUCAAGGCCAUCCUUCUUGUACCACAUGUCUGGAAGAAAAGGUCAAGGUUGUAUUGACAGGAAAAGCAAAAGAAACUUUACAUUGUCUGAAACCUGGCUGUAACAGUUACUUUCCAAUUGGUGAAUUGAAUCAGUCUUUACCAAAGAUGGUUGUAGAUAUAUUAGAGACAAAACUUGAUGAUGAUUAUAUAGACUAUAUUGCUAAUAUGAUACUUAAGAAUGCUUCAUCAUCAGAGGACAGUGGACAUAAUAUUAACUCACAGGAAGUACCAUCUGUACCAGAAAAUAGGGCCACAGGCUGUACAGCUGACAAUAAAUUGGAGAGAAAUAAAGAUCUACCUGAAAACUGGACUAUAAUGGACAGAAAAAAGACACAUGAUUUAGUUGCCUUGGAACCCGAAUCUCCAGAAUAUGUAGAUGUGGUAUUUAAGUUCCAUGAAUCAAUGAAGUUCCCCAUAGCUGAUAUUGUCAAAGUUUCCAGAAUUCAAAACCCUAUACUCUGGCAAUUUUUUAAUGUAAAAAGAUCUGAAAUGAUUCAAGAGAAUGAUGGGAUUGAUGUUGAAGAAAGAAAACUGUUCCAUGGCACUCAAGCAGCAAUUGUUGAAUCCAUAUGUAAGAAAGGAUUUGAUUGGAGAGUCUGUGGAAAGAAUGGAACAGUCUAUGGUCAAGGUUGUUAUUUUGCUGUAAAUGCUAAUUAUUCACACCAGUAUACAGACAAACCAAGCAGACGAAGUCGAUUACCAAGACCUUUCAUGCCUGUUCCACCUCCAGCUCAUUUUCAUUUACACGGAGGGACAGGUUUGAUGGUUCCACUUAUUCUGAACCCUCCAUCAAUGAAUGCAGGACAAUUUGGACAACAGCCAAAUAAUAGUUCAUCGCAAAAUUUCCAACAGUUAAGAGUAUACACACGUCCUAGUACUUCAUCAAAUGUAUCACAGGGUAGCUGUUUACUUUACACCAAUAUACAGGCUGGACAACAAGUCUCAACACAAAACAAUGGUGCUAAUGGACAAAGGGCUGUUGGUUCUCAGCCACCUUCUGUUAUUGUUAAUUCACAAGGAUAUGGUCAACCACAAGUACUCUACCAAUCAAAUCCUCCACCCAUGGUUAUGCAGGAAAUGCAGGAAGAAAAACCCAUGCAUAGAAUGAUUCUCAGUCGAGUCCUUGUCGGAAAAUAUACAGGUGGAAAUGCUAAUUUUAGAAAGCCUCCUCCAUUGUUUGCUGACGAUCCAUCUGGGAGGUACUAUGACUCGUGUGUUGAUCACAUUCAUGCCCCUAAAAUAUUUGUUAUAUUUGAUAGUGCUCAGGCUUAUCCUGAGUAUUUGAUAGAAUAUAACAUAUUGAGUGAAUGAAUGGUUGUAAAGAUGAUUUCUAUCACAUUUGACGUUACUGCUGUUAGUGAAUGUAAUACAUGAACAAAUUUCCUGUUCUUUUUAUGGAGGAUGAUUUCAGUUGAAAAGGUUGAACUUGUUGAUACUGUGACAGUUAUAUCUUCAUUGUUUUUGCUGUUACCAUAGUUACUUUUGUUAUCAAAUGAUAGUUAAGUGAUAAUUAUAGGUCUUAAAAAGCACAGAAUGACCAUCUUCUCUUGUUGAUAGGAACACUAAUCAUGGUAAUGAUAUAUUUUUGAAAUUGAUAAUGCUGAAAUUUUGUUUAACAAGGGCCUUAAAUUUUAUUUUUAGAUUAAUGAGUAUAACCUCCCGCCUAAGGAUAAAUUUCUCAAUUAAACAUCUUUUAAAAUAUUAAAAAUUAAAACUCCUUACAGAUUUAGUGCAAGUCAAUAACAGAAUGAAUUUAUCCCUCCUGUUCCAUAUUUCUGAACACAAGAUGAGAAUGUUUAAAAAAUGUUUUUUUUGUAAUUCCCUAUUUUUUUCAUUUUUUGUACACAGGAUUGUCUCAACCAAGCGCUUACUGUCCUUACCUUCCUCAUUAUAUUUCUGUGCAACAACUUAUACAAACAGGAGGUAGUCGUUGGUCUGACAUGACAAAUUUUUGUAAUUCAUGUAAUUGUCCUAAUUUUUUUAAUCGAAGAUUGAACUUUAAAUUGAAGAUUUUCAUUUUUGUCGAGCCUUCGACUUUAGUCGAAAAAGCGAGACAUAGCGAUCAUACAUUCCGUCAGCGUCGGCGGCAUCCACAAAUAUUCACUCUGUAGUUAAAGUUUUUGAAAUUUGAAUAACUUUCUUAAACUAUCCUGGAUUUCUACCAAACUUGGACAGAAGCUUGUUUAUGAUCAUAAGAUAGUAUCCAGAAGUAAAUUUUAUAAAAAUAAAAUUCCAUUUUUUCCGUAUUUUACUUAUAAAUGGACUUAGUUUUUCUGCCGGGAAAUAUUACAUUCACUCUGUGGUUAAAGUUUUUAAAAUUUUAAUAACUUUCUUAAACUAUCCUGGGUUUGUACCAAACUUGGACAGGAGCUUGUUUAUGACCAUAAGAUAGUAUCUAGAAGUAAAUUUUGUAAAAAAAUAAAUCCAUUUUUUCUUGUUUUACUUUUAAAUGGACUUAGAUUUUCUGCCAGGAAACAACACAUUCACUCUGUGGUUAAAGUUUUUGAAAUUUUAAUAACAUUCUUAUACUAUUUUGGAUUUGUACCAAACUUGGACAGAAGCUUGUUUAUGAUCAAAUGCUAGUAUCUAGAAAGAAAUUUUGUUUUCUUCCAGUUAACAUUACAUUCAGUCUGCAGUUAAAGUUUUUAAACAUUUAUUAGAUUCAUAAACUAUCCUGGAUUUUUACCAAACUUGGACAGAAGCUUCUUACAAUCAAAAGAUAGUAUCAAGAGGAAUAUUUUUAUUGAUUUACUUCCUCAUUUUUGUUGAGCCUGCAAUUAACAGAAAAAGUAGGCGAGACACUGGGUUCCGCGGAACCCUUACAAAUUUUUGUGUAUUUUAAAGUUGAGUUAAUAUAAAACUUAAAACAAGUACUUUAGGGUCAAACCUAUUAUCAUGAAAAGCCAUUCUGUCAAUUUUCAAAUUGUUUGGACACACAAAUAUAGAGUAUAUACCAGUACCAACUAAAUUAUUUCCCACAGUGUUUGUCUAUAUGAACACCUUUCAUGUAAAUAUUAUUUGGUAUUUGCAUUUGCUUGAUAUUCCCAUUCAAAAAUAUGUUUUCAAAUUAUGCAUUUUUUUAAAAUUUUUGUGCGAUAGUUCAUUUUGUGCUUUUUUACCAUUCACCUUGGUGAAUUUCAUAAUAUUUAUAAAUGCUUACAUCAAAACUUUUCAUAUUCCUUUCAAUUAUUUUACGCAAAAAUCAUCUUGUUUUUGUAAUGCUUCAGUUUUUUAAGCCAAAAAGGGUCAUCCUUUUUAUAAAACUUUAUAUUUGAUCGUUUUUUCUACAUUUUUAAGUUAACUAUAAAAAUAAAGUUCAAGUGAUUAUCUUUUCAAUGUUUUUCAAAAAAUGUGUGAUGAUUGAUCUCCUUUUUAUUAAAAUUAAUUUUUAUACUCAUGGAAUUUUUUUACAAAAAAUUCAACUUAUAAUUCAGAAUGAAUAGAAUGAAAUUAUUGGCUAUUCAAAUUCACUUUUUCAAAGGUUUGAUAAAAUUAGCAUUUCCUUCUACCAAAAUUUUAGAUUUUACUUUAGGUAAUUUUACCUUGCAUUAUUUGAAAUGAAAUGAAGCCUUAUUAUCAAUAUUGUCAAACCCUGUGCUCUGUUUCCUAGGCCUAAAUUCGUUGAAAUCUAGGAGAUUUUGUCAAAUUUUGCAAAAAUCUCUAUUUUUGCCAGUUUGGGGUGUAAAUGUCAAUGUUCCAUCAGAGGUGGAUUUAGAGGGUUUUUCAGGGGGCAUUGGGCCCCCCUUUUGUGGGAAAAAUUUUGUUGAUUAUAGAGGGAAUCACUGAAGCAUGACUGGAGCACCCUCUUAGGCAGUCAGUGGGCCCCCCUUAUAAAAAUUUCUGGAUCUGCCACUGUCCAUUAGAAGGGUUCUACAAUAAUGUUCUUUUUAUCAACUUGAAACACUUUUAAUAUGAAAUAAUGGAGUUGAUAAUUGAUGCCAAAUAAGAAGACCCUUACCACACCUUCCCCUUUCUGGUUCCCCUCCCCUUUUUGAAAUAAUAUUUCAGUUUAAGAGGGAUAGAGAGUGGAACCUCCCUUCUUUUGAAAAUCCUGUAUGUGCCAUAGGCCACUGCUUGACAUUGAAUAAUCAUACCCUGGAAAACUGAAAUGGUUAUCAAAUAACUUGGCUAGGCAAAGACACUUCUGUUAUAUUUUACCUUAAAACACUAUUUUCAUAUUACCAACCUUUUGACUCCGGAGUUUAUAAAUUUUGACAGGUAACCUACUAAGAGGUAGGACAUUCUGGUAUUUGGUCAAGUUAGAGAAACUAAAAGAAGUAAAAUCAAGCUUACAAUAGGUGCAAUUUAGGGAAAAAUUAUCUGUUUUAUGUUUUUUAAACACACAACAAAAUCAUUGGAAAAAACUAAAAUUUUCUACCAAAUUACACUGAUUGUAAGCUUGAUUUUACUUCUUUUAGUUGCUCUUACUUGACAGAGAACUAGAUUGUCCUAUUACAUAGCCUAUUAUAUUUUGUCUUGGUUACAAGUCUUUAAAACAGUUUGACAUAUUAUGUACUAUUUUAAUUUUGAUGCCCCCGCCGCAUCUGAGGAAGCAUUAAGUUUUUUAUUGUAUUGAAAUAGGAUAAGCUAGAUGGAGGUGGAAAUAAAAUAAAUUAACAAGUAACAGAAGAAUUAUGUGAGAAUUACACAUGUGCCAACAAUGAGAAUAAGAUCAGCAAUCAUGAAUGUAUGAAGUGAACAAUUGUAAUAUUUAGUGUUAUUCCUUAUAGAAGAUGAGGAAUUGCAAGUACAAAUUAUGAUAAUAGUGCUGUCAAUUAUUCCCUGGAUUUUAAUUACUGUAAAUUCUGAAAUUAUUGUGUACAUUUUUUAUUGCGAUUUUUGAAGAAUGGACAGAAAUUCUAGAUUAAUUAUUGCGAUUUCAGGCAAAUCUGCAUACAGAUAUAUGUAUUGAGUUCAGAAUGAGGGUUCUAAUUAUUGCAAUACUCACCCAAUCGCAUUAACAAAAACCUUGCAAUAAUUUCUGAAUUUACAGUUUAUAUAUUUAUUUAGUGUUUUAUAACCUCAUUAGCUGUAUAUAUGCUGUUUAAAAGAUGUGAUAAAUUGUGAUGUAAAUGUGAUACAUGUUAUAUAUGACAUUAUGUAAGAUAUCUGAACUGGCAUAGGUUUUUUGUCAAUACUUUAUUUAUUAGUACAUAUACAAUGUAUAUAUAUGGCAGUUGUUCAAAAAGGCUUAAAACCAUUGCAGAUUGCCAAGGAUCUGCAACUAUGCCAAACAAAAAUGGUAAUUAAUGAUAGGUUUUUAUUAAAAUGUAUGACCCAUUAGAUAUUGAAACAACAUGGCCAACAGUCUGUUUUGGUCAGGCAGAUACCUUCACACAGUAGUAAAAUUUUAUGGAGAGACUAAAACCUUUUGAACAUACUUUUAAUGGUACUGGUCCACUGGGAUAGUCAUGCCAUUGUCUCAGAUUCAAAAGUAAAUAAUUUAAAUGAACAUAUAAUACAAUUCUCAUUUUAUUUGAUACUAACAAUAGAGGUAAAAUAAAUCAUGUUAUUUUCACAUAAAAUCAUUUUUUAAGUGUAAAUGAGUGAGUACAAGAACAUAAUAGUUAGGUGAUUAAAUGAGGUGCCAUAUGUAUAUCUUAUGCUUUUUACAGCAGCACUCUUGUAUAGUUAGUCUGCACUUUGUUUCCUUUCAGGGCAAUAAGUAGUCCCAUACAUAUAUACAUGUAUUUAAUUUCAUUCCACUUGUUAUAGUAUUUCACUGUCAUAGAUUGUCAUAUAUAUAAUGACUAUAUGUAUCACUGUGUAUCCCCUACACCUGGUAUUGUUGUUAACUGACAUGUAUCCUAAAACAAAAUCAUAUAUAUCAGGAGUCUAUCUGCAAUUUACAGUACACACUAGCAAUAUAUAGUACAGUAAACUGGAUUCCUGUCAUCUUAUUUCACUACUGCUGUACUCUACCAUUCCUCCACCAAUAAAAACUGACCACCUUGAAAUAGCACAAUAGUGCUUAAAGUGGCAUUAAAUACCAAUCAAUCAAUCUGUCAAUGUACAUGUGAUUCUGCAGAUAAAAAAUCCAGUAUUACUUAUUAGAGGUCCAUUUCAUUAUUUUUUUCAGUUUUGUUCUUCCCAUAUCAGAAAAUGUAUGCAAAAAAUAUUAUCUUCUAAAUUUUAAAGUUAAAAACUUUAUUGUUCUCAGGGGUCAAAAAGAGAAGUCUGAAAUGCAGAAAAGGGUCAUUCCAUAAUUAGCAUAUACAGUCAACCCUGUAUUUAUAAGCAUUCACUCAUGAUUGAAUUCCACCAAAAAAGUUUGUAUGGGUUAUGACCUGGCAGGUAUGAGAUUAUGUUCCUAUGAAUAGGUUCUCCAAACCCACAGGGUAAAGGAACCUACAUGUAAAAUCACUUUGACCAAUCAUCAGCAAUUACAUGUUUAACAGGUUUUUCUUUUGGAAAAGAGAGCAACUUUUUCAAAGGAUAAUUAUCCUUUUACUGAAAUAAUUUUGCAACUUAUUGGAAGAGUGAUUUACACAAUUCAAGAAGUUGAGCCAACUUGAAGGAGAAAAAUAGGUCAGUGCUCAUUGUUGUCAAUAUUCAGUCAUGAUAAAAAGAACUUAUGCUUGUCAUGUACACAUGUUGUAUGUUUGGAGGGUAGAACAUCAUUUUAUUAUUUACGUUUUAGCAUUUUAUUUUAGUAAUCUUCAGGGUCUUAGGUGGCGGAGUAGUUAAGUAGUUCAUCUACAGUACCACUAGCCUGUCAACACUCAGGUUGUGAGUUUGAACCCCGCAUAAGGCAGGAAUGUUUGAAUCCAAUCUUAAUUGACAAGGAUUGACAGUUUUCCUACUGAAGGUCGUCGGUUCUCUCCAGGCACCCCUGCUUCCUCCACCAAAACUGACCACCAUAAUAUAGCCAGUAGUCCUUAAAAUGACAUUAAACACCAAUAGUCAAUCAAUUUUAGUUUCUAACUAUUAUUAAUUAGAUCAUUAACAUAUUGACAAAAUGUAACAUAUUGCAUUAUUGAAACUUUACAAUUUUGAACAAAAGUGUCCUUUUUGUUAAGUAAGACCCUUUUCUCCUAAGAAUCUAGCAGGAGCCCAAAAAUAUACCUAAGAGCAAGUUUAUAACUCAAAUAUGAAUACAAAUAUGUUGAUAAAUUCCUUCUCAUAUUGGGAUGAAAACUUCUGAUUGAAUUUACUCAAUAUUUUUAUAAGAGUCAUCAUAUGGCCAUUCAGUUCGUUCUCAUAUAUAUGUCACAUUAUAAGAUUGAUUGCAAUGAAUUACUUUGAUUUCCCAGUGAAAAACAAAUCAAAACCGUUGAGAAUGCGUAGAAAAAGAUAUAGUUCUCUUCAUUUUUUUACACUAUUUCCGUUAUAUUAUCCAUGGACAAUUUUAAUAAUCCUAGAAUUGAAAUAUCGAAAAAUAUUCAACCAAUAAUUUACUCGUGCACUACGUGCAUUCAUGAAUUAAUGUGUUGUUCAGUCACUCAUUGAAUAUUUCUCUAUAUUUCAAUUCUUGAAUAAGCUAUUCAAUAAUUAAAUCGCAAUUUUCUUAAAUUUUGUUUUGAUCUAUUUUUGUGAUAUUUUUCCAUCUCAAAUGAGAACACUAUGACGUCAUAAUCCAAUUUCAUUGACAUUGCUGAGGAAAGCUGUGAUAAACUUAUUAUCUUUGGUCUUUCAAAUCUAGGAAUUUUCUCAGCUACAUCUCAGCUGAGUGACCCUUCAAUGAGAUUGUAGCUGAGAAAUUCCCUCUCAUUUUCAAAACCAUAGAUAAUUUAAGUAUAAUGCACAGUGUAAAUGUCAUUGUAUAUUUUUAACUCUCCCAUUGUAAUUUUCUAAAAAAAAUUUAAGGAACCGAUUCUACAACAGAAUUGUGUGUAAUACGCUAUUACUUCAUAAGCAAUUAAAUUUUUAGGUAUUUUUAAAAGGCUAUGCUAGCAGGACAUGUUAAAAUUUGAAAAGAAUUACGCUCUUGAGUUUUGAAAUGGAUUCUUUGGAAGAAACUAACAUUUCUGUGUGUAGUGACUUCCCAUACAAUAGAAUAUGAUAUUAAUUGUAGCUGAUUGAAACUUUAAUAAAAAUUUCGCCAGUUGUUUUCUAAAUGUUAUGAAACAGUUUUAAUUUAUCUUGAGAGAACUAUAUUUUGAAGGAGUCUUGAUGAAAUAUUCAAUAAUCACUCACAAAUUAUACAUGCAGUUCUUUUAAAGGGGCCUCAUUCAAACAUUUUAUAUCUGUUAACAGUUUUCUUUCAUUUUCAGUUUCAUAUAAUUUAUUCAGUAUUUUUUCUGGUACAGUAAUUUUAUCUAAAAGGUUUUCUAUUCUAAACAAUUGUAUUGUAAUAUAAGAGAUAAUUCUAUCAAUUCAAUGUCACAAUGUUAUGUUUAGAAGCUAAUCUCAUACCUUUAUUUAAUUUAAAUGCAUAAUGCAUCAAUUUGCUAAUAUAUACACAAGGUAAUAUUCUAGAUGUUUUUUUUUUGUUUUGAUUUUGUUUUGAUUUUGUUUUCUUAUGUUUUAUCUUCUUUCUUUUCUUUUCUUUUUUUUGGGGGCAGUUGGGGGGGGAUGGGAGUUACAGCACUCAUCCAUUCAUAAUAGAUAUGAUAUAUAAACUGAUUUUUCUCUUCGUUGUAGACUGAUAGACAGCAUUGUUAAGUUUUUAUGUAGCAAGUGGUUUUUCCCAGAAAAUAUAUACAAUUUUAGAGUUGGGUAUAUGUAAUAAAGAGUUUUCAAAAAGUUAUGAAUGAUUGUGUUUUAUAGAAUGUGCAGCUGCUUUAGACUCAUUUAUUUUCUGGGAUUGAGGAAAAAUUAUAUAUUUGUGAAUACUUUAUUUUGUGGUUUUAUCUAAGCACACUGGAAUUUGUAUUUUGUCCAACACCUGGUUUAAGGGAGUAAACUCUUCAACUGCAUGUGAAACAGAUGUAAAAUAAUCUGUCUUACUUAGAAGCUUGCAAUCUAUUCAUGGAAAUGGUUGAAACAAGAGUUCUAGUGAUUUGUAAGAGCUAUGUCCCUUGUCUUAGGGUUACAUCUUUUAAUUUGCUGUUUACUCAAGCCAUGAAAUCUAUAUAUGAAAAUAAGUAUCCCAUUAAUAGUGAUGAAUCCUGCCACUUAAGGUGGUACCUAACACUACAGGGAGAUAACUCUGUAAAAAUCAGCUAAACGUUUUAAUCACGUUGUAUUGUUAAGGAAAUAUUAAGCUUCUCAAUGAUCAAAAUUAGUGUUUGUCAAACUGCUAUAUAACCAAUGAAAUUUUUCUGAUAAAGUGGUUGGUUGAAAUUUUUUGAAAUUUUUAUAUUUUUGUCAAAGGGUCGAAGUAAACAUUUUGUCAAAAUUUUAUGAAAAUUAAACGAGCCAAAUUAAUAUUAGUCAAGGUGUUGGGUACCACCUUAAUAUCCUUUGUUUUCUCUGCUGAUAUUAUGGAAUCUAUCUCACUUCACUCUACCUCUUCAAAUAAUUCUUAUCAGCAUUACUCUGAAAUUCCUGUAAUAAUCAAAAUUUGCAGAAAUCAUUGAAUCAUUAGCAAUUCUUUUUUUUUUCAAAAAUAGGCACUAGAUACAUUUUACCUUUAAACUUAUACCCUUAGAUUAUUUUUUUUCAUUUUUUGCUUUUAUAUAAUGAAAUUUGCAUGCAUUCAUUUAUAUCCGUUAAAUUAAGAUUUUCAGAUAAAGUGGUCAGAACACUCAGGUGCCCACAAGUAAAAAAAUAUUUCUUUAUUUUUCUUUGAAAGAGGUUGAUAUAGCUCAGGCUGUGAAGCAGAAUGUUUGUGUAUGACAUCAAUUAAAUUGUGGAUUUUAUGUAUUUUAAGUCCAAUGUGUUCCUUGAAAGAUGGUGAUAGGUCUGGCUAUGAAGCAAAAUGUGUGUGUAUGACAUCAAUGCAAUUAUGGAUAUGUAUCAUAAAGUCCAAUGUAUUCCUAGAAAGAUGUUGAUAGCUCAGGAUAUAUUGAGCAGAAUGUUAGUGUAUGACAACAAUUUAAUUGUGGAUAUUGUGUAUCCUAAAGUCCAAUGGAAUAGAAUGAUUGUGUAUGACAUCAAUGCAAUUAUGGAAUUAUUAUGUUUUAUUAAGUCCAAAGUAUAGUGGAUUCACAAAAUAUGAUUGUUAAACCAUGCAACUGUGAAAAUGAAUUUAUUAUCAUAUAUUAUGUUAUGUCUGAAGGUUGUAAUUUAUAAAGUAUGAUUAUUAAGUACUAUGUUAGUAUUGAGGUUUUCAAUUGAUAUGGAUAUUAAUUAAGUAUAACCCAGUUAUAAGUUUUCUAAUUAUAUAACAAUUUAAAGCAUAACUAAAUUGUUUCGACUGGUUAUACACACCACAUGUACAAUAAUAUACAUAUAUUCGUGGGAAACUUAUUUUCUUUUGUUCUGUUUGCAUAGGUGAACCACAAUUUAAAGUUUUCAAUAACAUAAGCACUUUCAAAAGGCUUGUAAGCAGAAUUUUAAAAACUGCAAAAUGAAUCUAGUAUGAAAAGUAUCAAACUAUUUUUUUUCCUCAACCCACAAAAGUUGGUACCUUUCGAAAAUAUAUGAAAUCACAAUUUUGAAUGACCUAUCAGUACCUUUUACAUGAUCAGGUAUGUUUUCCAGACAUCAGAUGUGGUAUUUGUCUGUACCAUGCUGCCAGAUGUGGUAGUUGUCUGUACCAUGCUGCCAGAUGUGGUAUUUGUCUGUACCAUGCUGCCAGAUGUUUGAUAUUUUGUUAAAUUGUUGUUAAGAAUUCAAAUUUUAAUUGAUUAAAUUAUAGUAAGUUACAUUGCAUCCUAUCAAAUUUUACUAGCUUAUAUAAUCUGAUGUACAAGAAUUCUGUUCCGUACAAAUGUUUUGGUAAAUUACUUUUAUAGUUCUUUUGAUAGAAAUGAAUGUAACCUUUUCUGUUCUGUACAAUUUUAUUAAAAUAUUGAAUCAAAA